AUGGAGACGGAGGUGGGAGCCGCUCGUGCCGCAGUAGGCGCAGAGGAGGCGCGGUGUGUCGGGCAGAGUUUGCGCUCCACGCGAUAUUUUCUGCUGAUAGUGAUCGGGGACAUUUCAGCGGAUCAUCAGCUGAACAAAGUGAAAGAACAAAUAAAACAGGGGCUCCGCUCAUGGGAGAUCAAUCUGACAGUCUGUGAUUUGAACAAAGAGCUGCAGCUCUUCAAAGCCAAGCAUUCAGCUCAGUUCUCUUCAGAGGUGAAAGGACAAAUAAUUCUGCAAUACAAGAGUGAUGUCCUUGAGACAGUUGUAUUAGUGAAUCCGUCUGUGGAAAAUAUUGCUAUAGAGAUCAGAACCCUCCUCUGUGACUCAGCUAAACACAAGUUACUGGUCCUAAGCGGUCAGAGCACUGAGCAAGGUGGUGACAUCAUCCUGAAAGGUGGAGCGUUUGACUGGAAGAAUUUCUCUGACAUCAUUACAAGUCAAAGAAUUAAGAACUUCCUGAGCCAGUCAGGUCCAGGUGAGCGAGCGUGUCUGACUGUGUGUUGUGAAGGAGAGGGGGCCUGGAGCUCCCUAGGGCUCGACCAGGAGCAGAACUUGCUGGACUACAGAUUUAACCCGGACCCUGUGCUGCCUGAGAUGGAGGGCGUUACAGAGUUUACAGAUUAUGUCUCUGAGACUGUGGAUGUUGCUUCCCCAUUUGAGCUCCUGGAGCCACCCAGCUCAGGGGGAUUCCUGAAGUUGUCCAAGCCAUGCUGCUAUAUCUUCCCUGGAGGCAGAGGUGACUCAGCCCUGUUCGCAGUCAACGGCUUUAACAUUUUGAUUGAUGGUGGUUCAGAGCAAAAAUCUUGCUUCUGGAAACUGGUGAGACACUUGGAUAGGAUAGAUUCUGUUCUGCUUACCCACAUUGGAGCUGACAAUCUCCCUGGGAUAAAUGGACUAUUGAGGAGAAAAAUUGCAGAACAGGAAGAGGACCAUUCUCAAGGCUCAAAUGCCUAUGGAGAAUGGAUGAAAAACCUGAUUUCACCUGAACUUGGUGUGUUUUUCUUCAAUGUUCCAGAAAAGCUAAAGAUGUCGGAAUCAACUCUGAAAGUUAAAAGGAGCAUUGAGGAGGCAUCUCUUACGCUGCAGCACCUCAGCAAAUUGGGCAUCAAACCCGAGCCCCUGUAUCGAGUUGUUAGCAACACAAUUGAGCCUGUCACCCUUUUUCACAAAUUGGGUGUUGGCAGAUUAGAUAUGUACAUUCUAAAUCCAGUCAAGGACAGUAAAGAAAUGCAAUUUUUCAUGCAGAAGUGGGCAGGUAACAGUAAGGCUAAGACUGGCAUCACCUUGGCCAAUGGCAAAGAGGGAGAAAUUUCUGUUCCAUACCUUACAUCAGUAACAGCCCUUGUUGUCUGGGUUCCAGCCAGCACUACUGAAAAGAUAGUGAGGGUAUUGUUUCCUGGAAAUGCACCACAGAACAAAAUUUUUGAGGGACUGGAAAAGCUAAGGCAUCUCGAAUUCUUGCGUUAUCCAGUUGCUACUCAAAAAGACAUAUCAUCUGGAGGGCCCCCUUCAGCGAUGAAACAAACAAAACUUAAGCCAAGGACUGAUAGCAAGGAAAGCCUCAAGUCUUCACCCAAAAUACCUGCCACUACUAAAGCAAGCAAGAAAGAGGCAAAUGAGGACAUUGAAUCAAAAAGCGACUCAGUAAAAGAGACUAAAGUGGAAAAGAAACCAAAUAAACUGCAAGAGAGUGUUAAACCUCAUAAACCAGUGAAAACCUGUGCAGAGACCACUGAUACAGCAAAGCAAGAGAAAAAGAAGUUGUUAAGGGAGAAAUCUCCAAAGAAACAUGCCAAGACCUCCAAAAUGGAGGAAAAGAAGGAUAAAGAAAAGAAGCAGAUAAAGAAAGAAAAGAAAGAAAUAAAAAAGCAAGAAUCUGUUAAGAAAGAUGACAAUAAGGAAUCCAAAAUGAAGGAAGAAAAGAAGACCGAUUCAGGUAAACCAGAAUUAAGGAAGAUCACCAAACCUGACUUAAAACCCUUCACCCCUGAGGUCAAAAAGACUCUCAACAAAGCAAAGGUUCAAACCAAACCGAAGACAGAAAAAACAAAAGCAAUCAAAGAGCGAGAGAACAGACCUGCUGCAAAACAGGUUUCAAAAGAGAUACAGGAAAAUGACAGAUCCCUGGUCUCCUCCCCAGAAGACCUUACCAAAGAUUUUGAAGCACUCAGACAAGAGGAACUUUCUGAACUUGCAGAGAGCAAAGUGCUUUCAAACCUCGAAUCUUAUCCUGACACAAAAGUCACACAUAUUGUAUCUCCAGAUGAAGGAAUACCCACUACUGACAAUGAGACUGAAUCCCCUCACGAGGAACAGAACGUGUAUGGAGAAAAGACAAAUAAAUCCCUAAUAAAAACAACAGACAAAUUUGAGGAUGAGGGUGCUGCUACAGAAGAUGACUAUGAGGACGAAUACAACACUGAGACCAAAAUGGCUAAAACUUCAGAUCUCACAGGGAAGGCAGAUGACCAAAAAUGCCUGGACAUAAAGAAGAACGAAGAGCUUGAAAAGAAACAUAAAAAGAGUGACAGUGAGGAGGAAGAGGAUGUUAUCGAAAAAGCUGAGCUGGAGGAAGCAGAAGAUAUAGUUCAUGAGGAAGAGUUGAAAUAUAAGACUGAGGAGGCAAAAAAAGAAAAUAUUAGUAAAGACUGGGACACCAAACAAAUUGAUACUAAAACUAUCAAACCUGCUGGUGCCACUGAGCACAUCUCAUUCAUCCAAGAUGAAACGAUUCCUGGAUACUCAGAGACCGAACAGACCAUUUCUGAUGAGGAGAUCCAUGAAGAGCCAGAGGACAGGAUCCCUCAUCUCCGUUACGACAAUGUCUCCAUCCCUGAUCAACCUGACUCUUUCUUCAGUGGCAUAAAAGACACAAAACUUCCAACCAUAUCUGUUGCACCUGAUUUAACAGCAAAGAUGACCAGUGUUGGCCAAGAGCCACCUUUAUCUACAUAUUCCACAAAUAUCAUUGCAGCACCAUUGGCUGAGGAAGAACAUAUAUCGUCAGCCACCUCAAUUACAGAGUAUGAUAAAUUAUCUUCUUUUGCAGCAUCGGUUACUGAAGAUCAGUCUAUUGCAUCUGUGACAGCACCUCCAACUGAGGAAAUAGGAAAAAGCUCUUUACUCCUGGACAAUGCUAACAGUAUGCAAUCAUCCAGUCGUACAGAAGGAAAAGAAUACUUGCAUUCAGCUGGCACAAUCUCUCCAACAUCAUCUUUAGAAGAAGACAAAUGCUUCAAGUCACCUCCAUCAGAAGAAUGCCAACCCACUGCUCCAGAGAUGGACACUACUGGAAAACCCACCACUCAAGCACAUGAAGAUGAUGAUGAAGAUGAAGAAGAGGAAGACGACCAGACACCCAACGUUGACAUACCUCUUGGAAAACUCCAUGAGAGUUACGCAUCUGCCGCAGUGCAGGAACAGCUUGAUAAAUGCCCUUCAUCUACGGUACCUCUUUCUUCACCUGGAGCACCUUCAGUCUCACAAGAAAAGGCAGAAAAAGUCCUUUCUCCAGAUGUGCCCAAAACAGAUGGUGCUGGGAAAACACUAUCUUUUGCACCCUGUGUCUCCAGCACCCCAGAGGUGAGUGGUGCUUCAGAACCAUCAGAGAGAUGUGCAAGUCCAGAUGAUAGCACCAUGAGAAUGGCCUCACCUACACAGUCAGGCCCUACUAGCAUUGGUUAUUCACCUACUGAGGAAAAGGCACCAAAGUCUUUAUUAAUGGAGAAAGAGGACAGAAUGGACAAGGAUACAUAUGAUGUUCAAAUGUUAACCAAACAUGAAACGGUUGUAGACAGUGAUGCAAACAAAAAGGCUGUUAAAGUAAUGGAGGCUGAAGGUGACGCAUUCAAAGGUGGUUUGUCUAGCACAAGGGCAACAUUUGAUGAUUCAGGUGAAGAAGAAGAUGACGUUGGUGAAGAGGAAGUAGUUGAAGAAGAAGAACAUCUUGGGAAGGGAGAUUUUAAGACCGGUGUUAAAACAAAAUACAAAGAAGAGAGAGAGAGCACAUUCCUUGAUGAAGAUGACACUUGUGAGCCACAAGCUUUAAAAGAAGAAAAGCUAAUUAAAAAUGAGAAAGAGGAAGUGGAGAAGAAAGAUAAACUUCAAGACAUGACCUACUUGGAGAAAGAACACAAGUCCCAGAUGCCGAGCUCUGAAGAGGAGGAAGAGAGUGAAGACGAAGAAUGCACUUACUCGAGCAUAAAAGGGCCUCAGGACAAGUUUGAUUCAGUGUCAGCAGCCUACGGCGAAAAAGAUGUGCCAUUGUCAGAGAGAGAUGACUCCACUGUGACCUCCAAAAAUGGUGAUAAAAGUGUACACUUCAACUUGUACUCCUUCCCUCAGUCUGAGAAGGGUCUUAAAGAUGAUCAUGUGAGAGAAACAAGGCAGGAUACACCUUAUGUAGGGAAGAGUUUUACAUAUUCUGAUGUAUAUGACAGUAAAUCUAGUUCGGUGGAAUCAUACUCUCCUAAUUUACCAAAAGAUUGCACUAGUAAGUCUGAACGUAAUGAAACCCUGAAGGAAACAGAGAAAAAAGAUUCCAUAUAUACCUUACUGGAAGCUACAAAGAUGUCAGAAUUCGAGGAAACUCACCUAAAGGAUGUGUCAUCAUUAUCAUCAAACAGUGAAACCAAAACAUGUGUGGACUCGAACUUUGGACACAUUUUAGAUGAAAAAUCUACAGACUUAUUAACUGAUGUUAAACCAGAGGCCAAGAAAUCAUCACAUUCAUUCUCACCAGAAAGAGACCUAUUUUCGGUUCAAUUUGAUAAAUCUACUGUUAUUGGAAAGACAGAAGUAGCUGAUACCCCAUCAAGUGGUUAUCAAGAUGACCUUACCACUUCUGGCUAUUUGGCUGCAAAAAGCAGCACUUCUUUGGCAGCUCAGUCUUUCAGCGAGGUGACAAGAGCAAGUGCGCUAGACAUGAAGAUGUUAGCCCAUGGAGAGGAUGACGAUGAUGACGAAGAAGAAGAUACUGAUGAAGAUGAUGAUGAUGAUGAUAUGUACAGGAGACAUGUCAGUGACAGUGAUAUGGAAAAAGAUGCAAAAUACAAACCAGGGAAAGAAUUAAGCCCGUUAUGUGGUGUCACCAGCAUAGUGCCACCUGAAUUCAAGGAGGAAAAGAAGGACACCUCACAGGACUAUGGUUUUGGCUCUGUCAGCUGUGACACCCCCCCAGCUCCUACUCCUUUUGAACCGACAAAGAGUCAAAAAAAUGUUGAGGAACCUUUUGAAAUGGGUAAAAAGGAAGCAGCAUCACCACUCUCUGGCAGCCACAUGACAGAAUAUUCUGGAUAUGAAUAUUCUUAUGGUGAGGUGAAAAAGUCUGCUCCAUCCAGUCAUUUAGACAACAAAGAUGAGAGCUAUGGUCAGUCUUUCUUAGCCCUGUCCACAAAACCAAGUGAAGACAAAUAUUUCCAUGAUGACAAAGACCUUGAGUUUGAAAAGCAAAAAACACCAGAUAUUUUAGCAAAAAAACCUGGAGACUCUGUCUCACCAGGCUUCAGUUAUACAACUACAUCAGCCACAGCAUACUCCUCCUCUUCCUCAUACAGUCACUCCUCCUCUGCCUCCGCCUCUCUCUCCACUAGUCGCCAGUUUGGAGAUGAGCUAGAAACUCCUGCCAGUGUUGGAUAUGAGUAUUCACCAUUUAAAGAUGAGCACUCACCUGUAAUAGAUUCACCAUUCUCCACUUCUGGUGGGCUGGUUAAAGAUGAGUAUUUGGAGGUAUCAGAGAAGAUGACUCCUGCCACCACCACAGCUGAGUCCACGUCCAGCUUAGCAAGGUUUUCACCGCUAUCACCUUUUGAGGAGGUUAAGCCCUUACCUUCUUUCCCCCUUACCUCUGCAGUGGAUAAAAGAGAAGAACUUGCUAGCUCUGCAAGUAGUGCUUUGGACAAGGGCCCUCAGGGUGCAUGCUUUUACAAGCCAGAAUGGGAAGCAGAUACAGGUUUGCAGUCUGAAUAUGGUGCUACUGGACCUUACAAUCUCCUUUCUGAGUCUGCUGAAAAAGACACUUUGAAAAAAGAUCUGUUUGGUGCUUCCUCAACACCUCAUGCUGAUUUACCCAAGAAACAAUAUUAUGAAGACACUGAGAGCAGCGAAGAGGAGGAAGAUUACAUUUGUGAGUCUGAACAGGACAAACUGCACUACCAAAGAGCUCCAUUUACAGCUGAAGCAGACAAUAAAGAUGAUCCUUUUUCUGUGACUGAAAAACGGUCUUCUGCCAGUAAGGCAGGCGCAUUUCCAGAUGUGCUUUCAUACACUUCUUCAGUACCACAGACUACAAAACCAGAUACUGCAAAUGGUCCUGCAGAAGUCACCAUGGCAGCACCAGAAGCCUUUGCUGACACCAGCAAGGUUACAAAAUCAAAAACUGAACUGAAAAGUGAGAAGUUUGAAGCCUGCAAGAUAAGGAAUCCGUUUGAAUGGGAGCUGCAGCAGCAAAGAGGUGUCUACCCAGGAGAGUCACCACCUCAUUAUCGUCAUGAGGAUGAGUACGAGGAAGAAGAGGAAAAGGAGCCCGAGCAUCCACCUCGUCCUCUUUCCCUUUCAUCUGCAGAUCAGUCUUUACCAUCAUCGUACUAUAAAGAAGAUCCAGGCAGGCGUGAUGACUUAGAUCGUCCUUCCGAUACAUAUAUAGGUGCCAGCUCUUUCUCCUCUUCCCCAGGUUACUCUUCCUCUGAGUACAAACAGAGGAAGGGAGACACCUCUCCAUCAUUUAUCAACCCAAGCAUUUGCCAACUGUCCAGUGAUGAGGAAGAUGAGGAACAGAGAAGCCAGAAUGCAGAUCAGCAGCAGCCAUCAGGCAAGAAACAAUCCUACAACCAACCGCAGCAUGGUUCCUACAGAGAGGACAGUGAAUCACAGCGCCUCUCUGGAGCCAUGGCUGCAGGGACUGGCCUAGCUGGAGAGGACACACCUCCAACUUCUGUCAGCGAAUCUCUGCCCUCACAGACAGAUUCUGAUGUUCCACCAGGAACAGAGGAGUGUCCCUCCAUUACAGCAGAAGCAAAUGCAGAAUCUGAUGAGGAUGCAGAUUAUCUCCCUGUGGACAAGUCAUCUGGAGCCUAUGGUGGAAAGCACUUCUCAUCCCGGCCAGAGAAAAGUCAUGAUCCACUGCCCUCACCAAUGAUGGAUCCAGCCCCUUAUCCACCUCGUCCUGAUGUCUGCAUGGUAGACCCAGAUGCUCUCUCCAGUCUUACUGACAAACCUUUAAAGAAAGACUCAAAAACAAAGAGCCUUCGCAAAACAAGUAAGUCAAGAUCACCGGCUAGGAAAGCUGAUGCCAUUCGUAAGAGGUCUCCAUCAAAGGAUUCCUCUCCUCGUACCACUUCUCUGAAGAAGAAGGACUUAGAUGAUGAUCUGUCCAAGUCAAGUCACAACACGGGGAAGGGCCUUGUCAAUGGAAUUAAAACUAUUUCAGGAUCAAACACUGCAAAAUCCAGUUCUGCUGCACCUUCUGGUUCUCCAAUCUUUGUGGACUUGGCCUACAUUCCCAACCACUGCAGUGCUAAAAAUGUCGACCAGGAGUUCUUCAAACGUGUGCGCUCUACCUAUUAUGUAGUGAGUGGGAAUGACUCCAGCAGUGGAGAGCCUAGCCGUGGUGUCCUGGAUGCCCUGCUGGAGGGAAAAGCACACUGGGGGUCUAAUCUACAGGUGACGUUGAUCCCGACCCAUGACACAGAAGUAAUGAGGGAGUGGUACCAACAGACCCACGAGAAGCAACAGGAGCUGAAUAUCAUGGUGUUGGCCAGCAGCAGCACCGUUGUGAUGCAGGAUGAGUCAUUCCCUGCUUGUAAGAUUGAGUUCUAAGUCUGGCAUGGCUCCCAGGUUCACACUUUUACACUGAAAUGAUCCUUUAUCGCCUUAUUUGUCAUAUCUUAAGUGUAACUCCAUUUGAUAACAUUGUGCAUAAUCACUCAGUCGUCCUUGUUUCUCCUAAAUCGGUUAUGGCUCUUACAACAUUCCCUAACCUGAAUGAGCAUGGUAUUAUCCAGAACUAGGAGGAUGUGCCUUUAACUUUUGGAUUUUCAGUUUACUUUUGCCCUUUAAUGAAGAAAGAAAUACAAAU